UUCUUGUAAUCGGUUCGCAAAAGCGGCUUCUCUGCAUUUGUUGUUUAUUCUCGAAAAUUCCGCCCAACGAAUGAAAAAUGUUUGGUUUAAUAAUUACUGGACGCCUGCCACAAACGGAUUUUGAGCCCGUGGGUGAAAACAAGUUGCUGAUUAAUGUGCCGGACAUCGAGGCUGUCAACUACAUAGUCGUCUUCCUGACGGGCAUCACACCGCUACCUAUUGGCGCCUCGGCUGCCAUCUAUUUCAGCUGGCCGGACGCGUGUGCGGCACCAACCUGGCAGUACUUGGGUCACAUCGGCAACAACAAGCCCUCGGCGAUAUUCAAGAUAGCACAACUGAAGAAGAGCCAUGAGCUGGGCACGCAUUCAAAUGGCAUGGUCUUUGGCACCCAGGAGAUUUCACACAUAGCGCAGAUCGGCAUCAGCAUAGAGCCGGAGCUGACGGUGGCGCAGCAAACUCCGGCAGUGUCCAGUGCCAACGACAAUAAGCAGUUUGGCCAGCGCAUGCUGGAGAACUUCUUCAACUACGCUUCCAGUUUUUGUGUCUCGCCACAAGACAUCCCCCCUGCCGUGACCGAGUCCUUUGUGCCCUUCUCCGUGGUGCAAAACUGGUACGCCAACUUCCAGCGUCGCAUGGAUCAGAACCCGAACUUCUGGAAGUACUAACAGCGCACCCAAGUACCGUUAAGUGCCCCCCAUCUCCCACUUAUUUUAUAAAUAUUGCAAAUACAUUUGUAUAUAUUCUUUCAGUA